UCUGGCUUGUAACACCGGUUUACACAGCAAAAAACACACGUUACGGAUCCGAAUAUGACAGGCAAUAGACUUGAAGGGAAGGUCGCCAUUGUUACUGGUGCCGCAUCCGGCUUCGGCAGAGCCAUAGCAAAACGGUUUGCAGAAGAAGGCUGUAAAGUGAUUCUGACGGAUCUCAACGGUGACGGUGCAUCUGAAGCGGCGAAGAGCUUCAACGUCGGCGACAAUGCCAUCUCCAUGCAUAUGGAUGUGACUCAAGAGCAAGCCUGGACUGACGUGGCGAAGCUCGCGGUCGACAAGUUUGGCCGAAUCGACAUACUGGUCAACAAUGCCGGGACGACUUAUCCGAACAAGCCAACGCUGAGCGUAACGGCUGCCGAGUUUGACAGAGUGUUCAACGUGAACGUGAAGAGCAUCUUUCUAAGUGUGCAUGCAGUCGUGCCACAAAUGAAGAAACAAGGAGGUGGCAGCAUCAUAAAUAUAUCUAGCACCGGCUCCGUGCGGCCCCGAGGAGGACUCGUAUGGUAUAACUCGUCGAAAGGAGCUGUGACCAACGCUUCACUCGGUCUGGCCGCAGAGUUCGGUCCGGAUCAGAUUCGCGUCAAUGCAAUUGCCCCCUUACUGUCUGGAACGGGUCUUUUCGAGAGCUUUGUGGGACUCCCAGAUACCCCUGAAAACCGGCAAAAAUUUACCUACAACGUCCCGAUGGGCCGUAUCAGCGAAGUUGAGGACAUUGCGAACGCGGCCUUGUUUUUGGCGAGCGACGAGAGCAAGUUCAUCACGGGUGUCAACCUGCAAGUGGACGGCGGGAAAUGCAUCGCGUAGCGCUACGUAGACGUCGAAUGGGACCUGCGGUGGAGGUGUAAGCAAAACGAAAUAGCAGGUGCCAUCAUGGGUUGCAUUUUUGUGGCGCUGUCGAGAUGUACGGUGAACGUCUACGGUAAUGAGAUCGCUGCCAGAAAUCUAAUUCAAGACUUGAAGCGAAUGAUUAGCAAUUGACAGCACGGAUCGAGGGAAGUGGAGCAGAAG